AUGCCGUUCGACGAGCCAACGCUCAAUGAUGUGCCCCUUCCCCUCCCUUGCCCGGACACUACAUCAUCGUCACAUCCUACAGGACUACCCCCAGGCGAUUCACCAUUGAGCGCGAUCGAUUCUGGUGACGAAUCUGAGGAGGAGGAUGACAUACCCUUUGAUGUCUUAUAUGGAAACGCGAGGACGGGGUUGGAGGAAGGCGGGUUGAGAAGCAUGGAGUGCAACGAUGGUGGAGGUGCUGCUGCGAAGAAGUCAAAGAAGGCGGAGAGGACGGGUGCUACCCAUCUUAUCCAUGGUGGUGCUAUGCAAGGUCGGAAGACGGCGGACAAGAUGUACCAUUCCGCCGAUUUUGGCGACACCGUCACCAGGCGCCAAGUCGCGACAUGGUACUUUCUUGCCACAGAUCCCAUUGCUGUUCGGAUUGCAGCGUAUUUCGAAGUCUUUUGGCCUCGCUUCUACGCCAAAUAUCGGCAAGCGUUCGAUGCUGGAGUAUGGGUCCGUGAGGAUCGUGGGCCUUUCCUCGGGCGUGUAAUGGUCUAUAAACUUCAGGUCAGCCUUCAUCAAGAUCGCGGAGACUUCGGGCCCACCGUCACAUUCAAUGCGGGGUGUUUUGAAGGUGGCGAAUACUACUUCCCUGACUUGCACGCCAAGCUUAGGUAUGCACCGGGCGAUAUUGUGAUCGCCCUCAGUGGUAUUCUGUAUCACUCUGUUGCAGAAUGGCGCCCUGCCCCAGUUCCCGAGUCUUGGGUCAGAAGGAAUUUAACGCCCGGUCGAAUCUCCCACGUCUUUUUCUUUCCAAAGAAGUCGUUUCUUACCCUGGAGAAUAAACCAAAGCUCUGGGCUCUUCGAACUGCAGGCGGUAAAUGUCCUGACGCCCAGUGGUUCAGAACUGUUGUGUGA